GGGCGCUAUUAGCGUGAAAGGCCACGCUCUCAAACAACUCAAAUUGAAACGGAGCCAUUGUGCUCGCACUGAUUAUUUAUCAGGGCGAUAUUAGCGUGAAAGGCCACGCUCUCAAACAACUCAAAUUGAAACGGAGCCAUUGUGCUCGCACUGAUUAUUUAUCAGGGCGCUAUUAGCGUGAAAGGCCACGCUCUCAAAUUGAACCUUGCCAUUGUGCAGGUAAAAAUUGAACCUUGCCAUUGUGCAGGUAAAAAGCAGCCCAUUGCCAUUGUGCUGGGAUUAUUGAGACUUUGCCAUUGUGCAAUUGUAAAAGAAUUACAAAUACAAACUUUCAAAGACAAAUACUGAAAGUACAGUACACUACUACACUACUUAUUGACAAUUACUGCUGUGUAAACAAAAGUAUUUUAUUUCAAACAGUGAGAAUAUAGAAAUAUGGGUGUGUCAAUUGAGAUAUACAGAAUAAGAAUUGGUUCACAUAACAACUUUGUGCAAGGAAGACAGUCCAUGAAUCAAAUGAAAGGUAAAUUUUGGAAUCAUAUGUUAGUAAUGUUCUACUUAGAAAUAUUUUAUUUACCAUGCUUGAAAAAUCUAGUUACAAAGAUUGAAAGUAAUAAUGAAGUUUGCAUGUGGUAUACACAGAUGGUAUCUUAUCAUGUUUACGUACCAUUGCUAUUGAGGCUUGCAAAUGAUGUGGAGGAAAACCCAGGCCCAAUUAAUAUCUAUGAUAUUGUUGAUCAUAGUUUUACGGUUCGAGCAGACUUCAACCAAGGUAAUAUAUCCAUGUUUGGCAUAAAUGCUGGAAAACAAUGUGUUGCCAUGUCAAUUUAUGCUAUUGUAUACAAUGAAAUAAAAUCUGUUAAUAUUUGGGAUACACAAAUGAUGAACAUGCUUCUCAUUAAUGCAAACAAUCUUUACGCCAUAAUUAGUCAGCAUAUUCAGAAAGAUUUCUUAUUGCUCACUGAUGUUCCUGAAAUAUUGUCUAUCAACAAUGAUACUUUUAAUUUGGAGUACAGUGACUCUUUUUCUGGAGCUUUAUGGAUGGCUCGCAACAAUGAACCGUAUGUUACACUUGAACAUGCCUUUCAUGAAGUAUUUGAUACUGGUAAUUAUAAAGCAUGCCUACUUACUAUUCAAGCAAACACUGUUGCAGUUUUAAUGCCUUUCCCAGAUGUAUUCAAAGUUUUUGAUUCUCAUUCACGAGAUAUGCAUGGAAUGCCAGCAGCAAUGGGUUAUAGUGUUUUAGUUUCUAUUGAAGGAAUUCAAAACCUUGUACAUUUUUUUCAUAGUUGUAACUAUCCUGGACAAAAUAGUCUAUUUGAAUUAAAGGGUGUUACAUGUCAUAGAAACAUUUCAUUGUCAAAUAGUUUGGAUAACGCAGCUAAUGACACAACAUCAAAUAACCAUGAACAACAAAGAAAACAACAAGAGUCUGUUGUAGAAAAAGAAAAUGGACUAAUUGCGAAGCGAAAGGAAAAAAGACAACAAGAGUCUGUUGUAGAGAGGGAAAACAGACUUGCAAAGCAAAGAGAGAAAAGAAAACAGGCAAAACAACAAGAAACUGUUUUAGAGAGGGAAAAUAGACUUGCAAAUCGAAGAGAGAAAAAAAAACAAGCAAAACAACAAGAACCGGUUGUAGAAAGAGAAAACAGACUUGCAAAGCUAAGAGAGAAGCAAAGAGAGAAAAGACAGCAAGAAACUGUUUCAGAGAGGGAAAAUAGACUUGCAAAGCAAAGAGAGAAAAGAAAACAGGCAAAACAACAAGAAACUGUUUCAGAGAGGGAAAGUAGGCUUCAAAACCAGCGAAAAGCAAGAAGGUUGAAAAGGCAAAAUGAAACUGUUGAACAAAAAGAGCAAAGAUUAGCAAAAGUAAGAGCUAAUUAUAAGGAAAAUAAAAGUAGACGUUCUGAAGAAAACAAACAAUGUCCUCUAUCAAGUUCUCAAGGGCAUCUCAAUAAUGAUAACAGUGUAUCACAUAAUAGUGUAUCACAAUUGAUACAUAAAUUCCAUAAAUCUGUAUCAACAGGUCCUCUGUAUAUAUGUUCAUGCUGUGAUCAAUUAUGGUAUAAACAUAGUGUUUGUCCAGCCGACAGACUUCGAUUAUCCAAUCCUAAUUCUACUAAACAUUUACAAGGCAUUAAAAGUGUGGAUAAUAUUGAAUGGCUGUGUUUGACAUGUGACAAACAUCUUAAAAAGGGUAAAGUGCCACCUUCUGCAAUUACAAAUGGCAUGAAGUUUCCAACAAAACCUGACUUCUUUGAUUUAAAUGAAUUAGAAUGCAGGCUUAUAGCUCCAAGAUUGGCAUUUCAAAAAAUAAUGCAAGCUCCGAGAGGACGGCAACUUAAAAUUACUGGUAAUGUUGUGAAUGUACCAGCAGACAUAUGUAAUACCGUUAACAUGCUACCCAGGUUACCACAAGAUACUGGGACUAUUAAAGUUCAAUUAAAACGUCGACUGCAAUAUAAGAGUUCUGCCUUGUCUUUGAAUGUAAGACCGAACAAAGUGAUGCAAGCUGCAGCUUGGUUGGUAAAUACUAGUGAACUAUAUCGAGAACAAGGAAUAACUUUUGAUCAGCAUUGGUUAUCGUACUUUGAUGUUACAACACCUAGUGACAAUGAAAAUACUACAGUUGAUCAAAGUAAUUCGACAUCUUCAGAAGAUGAAUGGAGUGAAGAUGAAUGGAGUGAAGACGAAGCAGAAAUUCCUGCAGGUGUAACAGACAGUAUGCUUACACCUACUGAUUUUGUAGACGAUACUGAAAGACAACAUAUAUACAAUGUUGCACCUGGUGAAGGUAGUAGACCACUUAGUAUAUUUAGAGAUCAGUAUUCAGAGGAACUAGCUUAUCCGGGAAUAUUCCUAGGUCAAAGGCGACCAGAUGAGAAGCAAAGAUUGACUCGUGUUUACUACAGUGAAAUAUGCAAAUCUGAACUAAGACGGUCUGAUAGAAGAGCUGCAAUGUGUAUUGAGAACAUAUUUUUUAAAACUAAAAAAAUGCAGAUGAAAUUAUUGCUAGGGCAAUCUCAACUUGCUAUUCGCAAGUGUAAAAUGGGAAACAGAACACUUACUGCUGGUGAGUUAAAAACACCGGAAGGUUUAACAAAUCUCAUUUGCCAUGAUGAAGGAUACAAAUUUUUAAGAGCUUUGAGAGGUUCCCCACCUUAUUUUGAAAAAGCCAAAAAAGAUUUGUUUGCUAUGAUUCGGCAGUUAGGACCUGCAUCAUUAUUUUGUAGUUUUUCAUCUGCUGAAACAAAAUGGAAUCAUUUACUAAGAAUCCUUGGUAAGCUUGUUGAUCACAAAGAUUAUAGUGAUGAAGAAUUAGAUCAUUUAAAUUGGGAUGAAAAAUGUAGACUAAAGCCGCGUUCACACCAGCGGCCCAGGCCUGGCCUGGACCUGGCCUUGACCUGGCCUGGGCCAAUUGUGACGCAUUCACACUGGCUUGACGCCCAACUCCAGGCCAAAGCAAUCAGGCGUCAAUAUAAACGUCCUUGUGUUCCACUAAAGUAUUUAAUUUCGCGUUUUGAAUGUUUUUCCCUCCAAUUGUAUGACAAUCAUCUGACCAGUUUUUAUCGUGGGCAGAUAUUGCGAUGGUAACGGGGCCUCGCCCAGGCCAGGCUCAGGAAAAACCCGUUCACACCAGUGAUGAUCGAGGCGCAGGCCAGGCCAAGGCCAGGUCCAGGCCACCUACAUUUGCUGGCCUGGAUUUCUUGACUUAGGCCAGGCCUAGGCCAGGCUCAGGCCAGGUAAAACCCGUUCACACCUAGACCCAGGCCAGGUCCAGGCCAGGCCUGGGCCGCUAGUGUGAACGCGGCUUAAUUCAAAGUGACCCAGUAACUUGUGCAAGGCAUUUUGGUUACCAAUUUAAUGCUUUCUUAAAAUAUUUUUUAAUGAGUGAAAUUGCCCCAUUAGGGAAACUAAAAGAUUGGUUUUACAGGGUUGAAUACCAACAGAGAGGCUCGCCUCACAUCCAUAUGCUCAUAUGGCUUGAAAAUGCACCUGUAUUUGGUGUUGAUAAAGAUGAAGAUGUAAUUAAUUUCAUUGACCAAAGCCUGAUAAUGACAGAGAGCCUGAUAAUGACACUGAAUUAUUUGAUCUUGUAAACAGACAAACUCAUAGACAUUCUCACACACGCCGAAAAAACUCCAAAAAACUUUGUAGAUUUAAUUAUCCUCAGCCACCCAUGAGAUCAACACAGAUACUUCAUCCACUUGAUGACAAUGCUUCUGACACUACCAUAAGAGCCAGAAAAGAGUUGUGGAAAAAUAUUAAGAAUAAACUAAAUGAUUUAAAAGAGGGAGAAGAUGUAACAUUUGAUCAACUUCUGAAAGAACUACAUGUUUCCAAAUAUCAAUAUAUUCUUGCGAUUCGAUCAUCACUAAAUUGUCCAACAAUAUUUCUAAAAAAAGAAGUCCCAAUGAAUUAAGGAUUAAUAAUUAUAAUCCUGCUUGCCUUCAAGCAUGGAGAGCUAACAUGGACAUUCAAUUUGUACUGGAUGUAUAUGCCUGUGCAAUGUAUAUUGUUUCCUAUAUUUCUAAGGCUCAAAAAGGAAUGAGUGACUUGUUACGUAACGCAUGUGCUGAAGCUAAGGAAGGUAAUUCCACCAUCAAACAACAGGUUCGUGACAUUGGCAACAAGUUUUUAAACUCUUAA